GCAAGCCUGAAGGACCGAGAUGAUCUGCCCCAGAGCCGUUACAAAAUGCUGGAUGGACACCUAACCCUGGGAUGGUUGUGUUUCACAGUUCUAGUGUAUCUUUUCAGCUUGCCUCGACCGACUUCAGCCUAUUUCGGGCUGACGGGUAACGAGCCUCUGUCCAUCCUGCCGCCGAGCUCCCAGCCUGAGGAAAGGGUGAGCAGGGUGCACUACAAGCUGUGUGACCGCCUCAAGCUGGAGAAGAAACAGCGGCGCAUGUGCAGACGAGACCCUGGCGUGGCCGAGACCCUCGUGGAGGCCGUCAGCAUCAGCGCCCUGGAGUGCCAGUACCAGUUCCGCUUCGAGAGGUGGAACUGCACCCUAGAGGGGCGCUAUCGAGCCAACAUUUUAAAGAGAGGAUUUAAAGAGACGGCGUUCCUUUACGCCAUCUCGUCGGCGGGGCUGACCCAUGCCAUCGCCAAGGCGUGCAGCGCGGGCCGUAUGGAGCGCUGCACUUGCGACGAGGCCCCUGACCUGGAGAACCGCAAGGCCUGGCAGUGGGGCGGCUGCGGAGACAACCUCAAAUACAGCAAUAAGUUCGUCAAGGACUUCCUGGGCAAGAGGUCCAAUAAGGACCUGCGCGCGCGGGUGGACAUGCAUAACAGCAACGUGGGCAUGAAGGUGAUCAAAGCGGGCGUGGAGACCACCUGCAAGUGCCACGGGGUGUCGGGCUCGUGCACUGUGCAGACGUGCUGGAGGCAGCUGGCGCCCUUCCACGAGAUUGGCAAGCAGCUGAAGCAGCGCUACGAGGCCUCGCUGAGGGUGGGCAGCUCCACCAACGAGGCCACGGGGGAGGCGGACAUCGCACAGCCGCGCGCCCCGGGGCCUGACCCCAUCCCCCGCACCACCGACCUGCUCCACAUCGAGGACUCGCCCAACUUCUGCCGGCCCAGCAAGUUCUCAGCCGGCACGACGGCGCGGAAGUGCCACAAAGACAAGAAUUGCGAGGCCAUCUGCUGUGGGCGGGGCCACAACACGCAGAGCCGCGUGGUGACCAGGCCCUGUCAAUGCCAGGUGCGCUGGUGCUGCUACGUGGAGUGCAAGCAGUGCACGCAGAAAGAGGAGGUCUACACCUGCAAAGGGUAGCGCAAAGCCCCGCCCACAUCCCCCAGGAACCACACCCACCCCCGAAAAGACACACCCCCCACCUCAACCCAGGAACCACGCUGAGGGCCACCGAGACUCAGACUGAGAACAGGGUUGAGGGGAGAGAGAAGGAGAGGAAAUGUACUGGCUGUGGGGAAAAGGGGAACAUUGCUGAAACCUUUUCUUUUUAAGACCAGUCUGAUCCAGUGAGUGGACUGAGUAAAGAAGCUUUUCAGCCUCCCAGUAGCUCUAGACUGAGAGGAGGUCUCCUCCCUUUGACGAAAGGUCCCUCAACCUGGAGGAGACGUCCGUCCCCCUGGAGGAAAGUCUUUCCCCAAAACACAGCAUCAGCAGCAGGACAGUGUCCGGCACGGACACGGUUGUACACACUCUGAGCGGUGCGUUCACUGCGAGACCUCCCUGUAGGUGUGUGUCAGUGAGUGCGUGUGCGAGAGUGACAGAGAUAUUCCCAGUAGUUCUGAACUAGCAUUAUUAAACAUGACAGGGGUGUCAGAUUAGCUCUACAAGCACAUGUAUUCUACACCCACACAACAGUGUGCGUAUGCAUCAUGUACAUAAUUAAAUUGUAUUAUAAUUAUUAUAUAUUCGCACCACUUAUAUGAAUAUGUAAAAUAACCACUAAGCACACGACUGUGCUAUUAUAUGUGCGCUCUUCUUCACUCAGACUGUCCAUCUAGUUCCUUUUGACAAGGCUUCUGCAGAAGGAGAGACAUAAAGGGUCCUUCAUGUCUCUCUCCGUGGACUUAUUUUAUGUCAUUCGGGGACAGGGAAGAAAAAUAGUGAAUUCCCACGUUCGUGUGUUGUUUGACGGUGACAGUCUUUACCAGUCAGUUCGAGUUUUUUUUCUUAGCCUUGAAUGAACUCUGUGAGACGACUGUUCAGGGAACCAGUAAAACCACUACGCGGGAACGCCGCGCUGUAAGGGGACUCUUCCGUCCGGACCCUUGUUCCGGCCACGGUCUGAACCCAAUGGCUCUGUUACACUUAGACACCAUGACGUCUACGGCCAUGGUGUUGGGAGGUGGAGCCAAAGGCAACAGCAACAAAAAGGAGCCCCGGAACACUUCAGCCCCUUCACACGACUGUUUGUUCUUGGAUUCUGACAAUGUCUGAUGACAGUGAUUUAGGAAAAAGUGUAAACGUUCCAUUCUCAUAUUUUUGAAGUGAGUGGAUGACACUAAAAUAUAUUCACGUCUGUUUCUUUCUUGCUGGUAGAAACAAUUAGUCUCUUGACAAAAAAGUCCUGCUUAAAAAAAAAAAAUCAAACGGAGGUGACGGUACUCGGAAAUGCUGAGUCCUAAAUUUUCCACCUAUUUUCCUGUUUUCCUUCAAAGUUUCCUUAAAUCCAUUGAUUGUUGUGUCCGUCAGUUAAAACGGACCUCCUGGCCGAAACUCAGAUCCGCCUAUUCCUUCUGACUCAGUGUGAGAAGUGUAAGAAAUAUAAUCCCGCGACUCUUUAGAUGGUCACUGCCACAUGUAGACUAUCAGACCUGAUGAUCAGACCUGUAGUCUCCCAUCAGACCUGCACUAAUACCCUGCAGAGCAUAUAAGACCCGCCUUAGCCUUAUCAGACCCGCGCUAAUCCCGCAUCAGACAUCCGACCCAUUUUAAUCCCACACAUCGGAUCCAUGCUAAUCCCAUGCAGAGCCCGUGAACAAAGCAUAUGUUUUUUACAUCCUAUCCUACUCGGACCAUCUGACUUCUGUCUGAUACAAUAUACAAUGUAAAUACAAAUACUAUGUAUAAAUACCUAUGACAAAUGAGUGAGCUAUAGAUCACCUGUUUUUAUUCUGUUGGUUAUGUAUGAUUGAACUACUGAAUGAGAGACCUGAGUUUGAGAACCCGUAGACGCACUGAGCUCCCAAGUCUUCCAGAGGACUGUUUAAACAGGCAUGUAUUUAUGAACAUGUGUUGCGAAAAAGUUUUCUUUUUCAACUGUAAAUAGGUUCCUGUUCCUGUGGUGUGAGGGUCAAAGAUGAGAAAGAGGCUCAUGAGUAGUGAGAGGAUGCAGUGCAAGUUAGCGCGGAGUCAGAACUGGCUGAGGUAGCUUCACUAGUCUAGUGUGUGAUAGCCCACAGAGUCAGGACUGGCUGAGGUAGCUUCACUAGUCUGGUGUGUGAUAGCCCACAGAGUCAGGACUGGCUGAGGUAGCUUCACUAGUCUGGUGUGUGAUAGCCCACAGAGUCAGGACUGGCUGAGGUAGCUUCACUAGUCUGGUGUGUGAUAGCCCACAGAGUCAGGACUGGCUGAGGUAGCUUCACUAGUCUGGUGUGUGAUAGCCCACAGAGUCAGGACUGGCUGAGGUAGCUUCACUAGUCUGGUGUGUGAUAGCCCACUGAGUCAGGACUGGCUGAGGUAGCUUCACUAGUCUGGUGUGUGAUAGCCCACAGAGUCAGGACUGGCUGAGGUAGCUUCACUAGUCUGGUGUGUGUUAGCCCACAGAGUCAGGACUGGCUGAGGUAGCUUCACUAGUCUGGUGUGUGUUAGCCCACAGAGUCAGGACUGGCUGAGGUAGCUUCACUAGUCUGGUGUGUGUUAGCCCACAGAGUCAGGACUGGCUGAGGUAGCUUCACUAGUCUGGUGUGUGUUAGCCCACAGAGUCAGGACUGGCUGAGGUAGCUUCACUAGUCUGGUGUGUGUUAGCCCACAGAGUCAGGACUGGCUGAGGUAGCUUCACUAGUCUGGUGUGUGUUAGCCCACAGAGUCAGGACUGGCUGAGGUAGCUUCACUAGUCUGGUGUGUGUUAGCCCACAGAGUCAGGACUGGCUGAGGUAGCUUCACUAAUUUCAUGUGUGUUAACCCACAGAGUCAGGACUGGCCGAGGUAGCUUCGCUGAUUUCGUGUGUGAUAGCCCACAGAGUCAGGACUGGCCGAGGUAGCUUUGCUGAUCUGGUGUCUGUUAGCUCACAGAGUCAGGACUGGCCAAGGUAGCUUCGCUGAUCUGGUGUGUGUUAACUUCGAGUCAGGAUUAGUUACCUGGAGACAGAUUAUAUCGCUAGGAUCAGCAUGUUGCAAACAUUGCACGACAGAAAAGUCUCCAGUUGAGGACCGGUGGGUGUGACAGCAUGGUCAUGUUAGCUUUGUGUAGCGUCAGGACUUUAGUUUUAUGAAACAGUAAAGUAGGUGCAGGAAAGUGUUGGAAAGAAAUUCUAUUUUUGUGCACACAUGCACGUGUGUGUGUGUGUAUGUGUUUGUGUGUCACCGGUGUUCAUCAGUUCUGAGUUGAAUUCCAAGCAGUUUUGUGAGGAGGACGCAUGCUAAUUAGUGCAGGCCUGGGAGAGUAGGCUUAUCCGCUUGCACGCUACAUACAAACCAUAAUGGCAAAGUGGAAGGCCUCUGCUCGCAUUCCUUGCGACCACAGCAAGGCGACACGGAAAAGCCUCAGGCUAAUGUUGGCUACACGCUGCCCCAGACACCUGCCCCGCCUGUAGCACAGGGAAGAGUGGAAACAAGUAGCUACUAAGGCUACAGGGUUAGCGGAGCUGGGCGUGCUUCCAUGCAGGUUGUGCACACAAGCAACCCGCCACAUUCUUUCACUGGCAGCGUGACUGAGCAUCGGUGGUGGCGGUUGGCCAUGUUUUUUCAGUUUUCAGUGCGAUGUAAAAAAAAAGAAAAAACAUAAAUAAAGAAAUAAAUCUAUUUUGUAGGAAAAAAGAAAAUAAAGAAGAAAUCUAAAUUAUUUUGAAAUGUUUUAUAGUAUGUAUUGAGCAUACAUUUUGUACAGAUCAACCAGAAUUUGUAUACUGCGUUUUAUACUCGGGCUUGCUUUUAGUCUGCAUGGGUGAAUUUAGCAUGCUGGGAACACAGGCAGCAGUAAACAGCAUUUUAAUGGCUAAAAGAUCACUGCAGUUCUCUUUGCAGUAUACACGCAAAUCCUUACAAAUGUACUGAGGCCAUCUCAACCUCUUCCUGCCGUAGUGAAGCUAGAGAGGCUGCCUGUAUGUGAAGGUGAAAUGGAUGAGGUACAAACACCCAAUGAAAGCUGGACCAUUUGUAUAAGUCAGUUUGUACAAUGAAUAAAAAACAAAGCAAAAAUACUUCCAGAGAGAUCCUAGGCAGUACGCAGCUGUAGCAGGUUCAUAUGUGGAGCGCAGAUUUGAAAAAUCAUGAAGGCUGAUCCCAGGUUUCUGUGUGUGGUGAUUUCCCUGUUCCCCACACCUGACUGCAUCAGGGGUGUUCAGAGCUAGAGAACCACACGGAUCCACAUCGAACCACAGAAAACCAUACGGAACCACACAGAAACAUACGUUGGUGCAUUGGUCCUGGCUUCAAAACAGCCUGAUCAAUGAAACAGUUGGGGGUCAUCAAUCCGUCAGAAAAUAGUUUGGCCCAAAUAUUCAUAAAAACUCUGGCAAGAAAAUAAGGACACAUUUCCAUGUCUUUAAAUAAAUGUGUUCCAUUUCUGUGUCUCUGUCACUGCUUAAUAAAUAUCUGUCAGUUGUGCGCUGCAGCAGGGUGGCGUGGGAGUUCUGCUGGGAUGUGCAGCGUGUCAGGCCCGUGUCCGCCUGCAGCUCCCUGAGCCUGGCGAGGUGUCAGUACGCUCUCUCUCCGCACGCCUUCAUGUCUGUUGGGAUACUAAAUGAUUUUCCUCUACCUCAUGUGUAUAGCUUGUAGGUAUAAACUGAUCAGGAAUGACUGGUAAGAAUGUAUUUAAGUUAUUUAACAUCUUUGUAUAACAAA